AAUAUUUUUAAAAUCAAGCGCAGCUCUAUUGAAACAACAACAACAAUUAAAUCGAAAGUAACAAAGUAUAACAAUGCCUAACGAUUUUAGCCUUGUUUGAAGUUUAAUUACGUUUAAUCAUGCGCUUCUAUAUUUCUCUGACUUACUGUAUUUUGUUAAUACAUUGAAGAUGAUUAUCAUGAGGAUAAGUGUAAAACACUUGACUUCUGCACUCAACUGAUUUGGUUAUUGAAUAUGACAGAAAUGCAUUAAUUGAACAAUGAAUACUUUGGAAAGUGUCACAAGUUGAAAUUACGGAUUGCAGAAAUUAUAGAAAUAUGCCAAUUGCAGAAAGUGACUUCAAAGCUGAAGAACUUGACUCGAUUAUUAAUGUGAUUGGACUUAAACCUAGUGAUCCACUAGAUGGUUUUGGAGAAAUAUGGUACCAAGUGUUCCUGUGGGCAUUGUUUUCCUCCAUGUUUGUACACAUUAUAGCAGCAUUGAUUGCCUUGUGUAAACUAAGGAAGCAUAAGAUUGGCAGAUGGAUACCUCUGGGUAUAUUUGCAAUGGGAGUGCUGUCCCCUAUCACCCUUGGAGCAGUUAGCAGUGCAGCUAUAGCCGGAUUUUACAGGGCCUCAGAUGUGGAGAUGAUGCCUUUCUAUGCUUUACUAUGGGGACUCGGACAAACCAUAAUUGGAAUGGUGUUUUCAUUUACAAGAAUUCUAGCAACCUUGUGAUAUAUUGACCUUAAACCUGUAGAAUUUAUGUAAUAGACUGGUUGUGUUAUGAAUUUGGAACUUACCUUAAGAAAUACAGAAGGAUCUUAAAAAUCGAAGAUCCAAAAAUGCAGAGAAACAAUAUACAGCAGCAACUUUAAUAGGUUAUUAAGAAGCCACUUAAAUUUUGACAUUGACUAUUGGAUGAAAGCAGUCCUGUAUGAUUUCAAAGGAGUUUAAUUGCAGAAGAAGUCAUCUGUGAAUUUUCCGCUUAUUUCACAUGACACUGAGACUUAGGGGCGUCCGUGGCCGAGUGGUUAAGGUUGUUGACUUCAAACCACUUGCCCCUCACCUCUGUGGGUUCAAAUCCCGACAGGGACUUUGGAUUCUUUCAUGUGAGGAAGCUAUCCAGCUAGCUUACGGAACGUUGGUGGUUCUACUCAGGUACCUGAAAUAAUGCACAGAAGGGCACCUGAGGUCUUCCUCCACCAAUAAAGCUGGAAUGUCGCGAUAUGACCUAUACUGUGUCGAUGUGACGUAAAACCCAAAACAAACAAACAAACACUGAGACUUGUAGACAAUGCUGGUAAUAGUAGCUAAUUCGGAACUUGGCAAAUGUGGGUUUUUCCAAGCUAGUUCUCGGUUACAAACAAACUUUUACUGUUAUACUUCAAUAUAGCUUCACGGUGCUUUAUCUUCACAUGGGCACUAUUGUUCACAAUAAUAUUGUCAACCUGUAGCACUUAUUAUUAAAGCUGUAACUGUAAAGAUUUGUUUGUAACUGUGGAUUAUCUUAAAAUAUAUUUUAUUGGGGAGUUAGUCUAUAUAGUUUGACCAAUCUCUAUACUAACGGCAUAUUUAGACAAAGUGUGCAGUUUCUUUAAUUACAUCAGUUUUUAGCUCACCUGUCACAAAGUGACAUGGUGAGCUUUUGUGAUUGCUUUUCCUCUGGCGUCCAGCCAUAAAUUUUUACUUUAAACAACAUCUCCUCAUAAACCGCUAAGCCAAUUUCAUCCAAACUUCACAGGAAUGUUUCUUUGGUAGUCAACUUUAAAAAUUGUUAAAAGAAUUUAAUUCCAUGCAAAACUCUGAUUGCCAUGGCAAUCGAAAUAAAAACUGAAAAUACCUUGAGCUAAACCUUUUGCAACUCUAUUGUAUACGUCAAGGGGUAGUCCAAAUAAUAAAAAAAAAACGUUAUUUAACAUGCUAUAUUUAUCAUUGUAAAAUGUGAAUAUCAUAUUAAUGAUGGAAAAAACAUGAAAUAGGUUUCGUUAUAGACUAGUCACGGGUCAAAUUUUGUCAUGAAAUUGAGAGCGAUUCACGAGUCGAAGUCCCGAUGUGUCGAAGUUUUUACGCAAGUCCCUUCAACUUCGACUUACCGAAGUUCUACUGUAGUAAAAACUUAAAAAAUCUUUAAAAAAAACAAAUAGCUAGAACUAAGAUAUUAAGCAUGUAACAUCUUCUAGUGGGUGUCUUCCAAGUUUGUUCAAAUAAAAGCCCUGGGGUCAAAAUUGGCCCCGCCCCAGGGAUUCAUUGUUUUUCCCUUUAUGUAUAUCGUAAAAAAAAAUUGAAAAAUUUUCUAUUUAAAAAACCAAACAAGCUAGAGCUAAGAUAUUUAGCAUGAAACAUCUUCUAAUAGGUGUCUACCGAGUUUGUUAAAAAAAAGGGCCCAGGGUUUGAAAUUGGGCCCACUUGGUGGGGGUGGGGGUUAUUGAUUUUUCAUACGUGUAUAGUAAAAACUUUAAAAAUCUUCUUUAAAAAAAAAACCUAAAGAGCUAGAGUUUAGAUACUAACAUGAAAUAUCUUCUAGUAAGUUUCUACCAUGUUUGUUCAAAUAAAAGCCCUGGGUCAAAAUUGGCCCUGCCCGGGGAGGGGGAUGGGGUUGUUGUUUUUCCCUGUAUGUGUAUAGUAAAAACAUAAAAAAAUCCUCUUUUAGAAACCCCAAAGAGCUAGAACUUAGAUAUUAAAAUUGGCCCCACCCUUGGGGCCUAUUUUCAGGUGAGCAAUUUCAGGGCCAUCUUGUUUAUGAAAAGUUUGAAAAUGUAUUCUUAUGUAAAGAUAUUGUGAAUUAAACAAAGAAAUUUAUUUAGACAUUGCCAACAGCAGUUACAAUUCCACCUAAAUUGCCAAAAAAAAGGGCACAGUAAGCAGAAAUAGUCAUUUCUGUAUUAGUCACAAGCUAAAAAUAUGGUCAUAAAAACUGCAAAAUCAGUCAUUAAUCGCAAAAGUGUGUAAGUCAUCACUAGAAACUUUAAUCUUUUUACUUUUCUUAAAAUCUUAGAACCUAUUUCUCAAGCUUGAUUUUCUUGAAAUAUAAAUUAUUCACUUCCCAAUAUUCAUCUUCAGAAUUCAUUUUCAUGACAGUUAGCAUGAAUCUUGGAGGCAUAUGUUGCUUGAAUGUGUGACAGAAUUACAGUUUUGAAAUUGAAUGCCUGUCUUUGAAGUACAUGCAGUUAUGUUAAUUUGUUUACAGUGAUACUGAAUAAUUUAACCAACUGAUUGAUGUGAUUUAUGCUUCACCAGUGACUUGUGCAUUAUGUUAUUUAUUUCAAUUUAUUAUGUUAAAUUGUGCUUCAAGAAUUAUUUUGAAAUUGUAAACUUUCGUAACUAUUACAUGCAUAUAUCUUUACUUUUGUAGAUAUUAUCAAUACUUUAUUUUGAAUAACUGCAAAAUUUCUGCAUUCAAGAUUUAAAACUGUUUUUGAAGGGCUUAUCUUGUAAUAAUUGAAAAUAUGCAAAGUAAAAUAUGAGCUGUGCCAUGACAAAACCAACAUAAUGGGUUUGCGACCAGCAUGGAUCCAGACCAGCCUGAGCCAGUCUGAUCAGGAUCUAUGCUGUUCGCUAUCAGUUUCUCUACCUGUUAUAGGGUUUGUAAGCGAACAGCAUGGGUCCUGAUCAGACUGCACGGAUGUGCAGGCUGGUCUGGAUCCAUGCUGGUCGCAAACCCAUUAUGUUGGUUUUGUCAUGGCACAGCUCAUAUCAUUCUAUAAUGGAAAAACCAUAGAAUUUCAAAAAUUGUAAACAUCAUGGAAAUGCUACUGUGUCAGCUUUGAAAAUGUCUGAAAUCAAAAUAUCUGCCAAAGUAAUCAUGAAAAAUUGUAUGUCACAUGCAAAUCAUUCAUUAGAAAUGUUUGUUCAAGCAAUUUUUAUUUUUAUUCUCUGUUCAAAUAUUGAUGAGGAAGAAAAAGGUAUGCUUAUGUGUCAUUAAUAUUAAUGUUCACUGUAAGUUUUAAUUUAUGUAUUUAUCACAUACCUGUGCCGAUUUUUCUACUCCUUAAAAAUGGUAUUGCAUGGCCAUGCAUAUAUUUUGGCGUGAAUUCAUUAGCGUUAUACAAACAGUGUAAAGACAUGCUAAAUGUUAGCGUUAUACUAUAUUCAAGUCAAUGAAAAAAUGACUCUUUUUUCACUUUAAAUGGUCUUUAUUAUUGGUAUAUCAUAUAUAGAAUAGUUAAUUCAUGCAAGUUUAUUACUGAGAUUAUCAAACUUGUUUUAAAAUAAUAUUAUGCUUGUCAGAGUCUCGCAUAAUAUAGUUUUAUUCAUCUUAUGCAAUAAAUUCAGUAUUGAACUUUCACUUAUUCAAUAUCCUCUAUUUAUUUAAAUAUAUUGGAAAAUUGUAUGAUCAUAUUAACUUGAUGUGGCAUCUCAGGGAAUCAUGGGAAAAAAACAUUAGAUACUUGUCCACGUAAUGGAAAUACCACAUAUUUGAUAAAUUAAAUUAUGCUCAAGCCCUGAAUAGGUAAACCAUUUUAUUACAUGCUUUUCGGUGGUUUAUAGAAAUAUAUCAGUGAUAUAAAACAGGUAAUUUCACUGUUUGAAACAGUGAAAUUACCACUUUGAUAAUUUCACUGUUUUGAAUUUAAGCCCCUUACGUUUGUUUCCGUGAAAUACCAGCGUGCACAGUACUGGGUACCAACUUAAUGACGUGACGUCGUAAAUGACGUCACGUUAUAUUAUUAUUUGGCGCGCUUUUCAUUCAGUAUUAAGUUUAAUGUCUUUUAAAAACGUUUCUUUGCAUAUAAUAAAAAGAAAAUUUGUAAAGUUUAGUGUAAGAUCGAAAUAUAUUUCACCUUGUGAACACCAAAAGUUCAUAUUUCACUCGUGGCUGCGCCACUCGUGAAAUAUACCUUUUGGUGCUCACUCGGUGAAAUAUAUUCCGAUCUUACACUGAACUAAACAAAUAUCCUCUAUAUUAUUGUAGUCAAAGGUAAAAAAAAAUGGUUUUAAUUUCUAAUGAAUUUCUGACAACAAAAAUUACACAGUAAUUGUUCUUGUAGUUAUUCAAACAAUAAUGUAAUUAAUUAUUAUUUAUGCAAGAAAGAUUACUUUGUAGUUAUUCUGACAACAAAAAGUACUUGAUAAAUUUUAUGGAAACAACGAUUAUUUUGUAGAUGUUCAGACAACAAAGAUUAUUCAGUAGUUGUUCUGACAACAAAUAUUACUCAGUUGUUGUUCUGACAACAAAUAUUACUCAGAAGAUGUUCUGACAACAAAGAUUAUUUUGUAGUUGUUCUGAUAACAAAUAAUACUCAGUAGAAUGUUCUGCCAACAAAAAUUACUCAUUUGUUUUUAUGACAACAAAAACUUCAGUAGUUGUUUUGACAUUAAAAAAUAAUUUGGUAGUUAUUUUGACAACAACAAAAAAUUACUCAGUAGUUAUUCUGACAACAAAUAUUACUCAGGAGUUAUUUUCAGAGCAAAAAUAUUCAGUGAUUAGUCUGAAAACCAAAUUUCUUAGAAAUUACCCAGUAGUUAUUCUGACAACAAAUUAUCAGUAGUUAUCCUGACAACAAAUAUGCAGUAGAUAUUCUGACAAUAAAAUCUAACUUAGUAGUUAAUCUAAUGGUAAAAAUUAUUCAUGAGUUAUUUCUGACAAGAUAUUUUAAGAUUUUUCUUUGUUACUUUAAAAAGAAUGCUUAAUGUAUAACUUAUUAAGUGCUAAAUUUAUUAUACAGCAUUUUGGCAUUUUCCAACUAUUUUGAGAAAAGACUGUUUGUUGGCUUGAUAGCAAGAUAAGAUGAUUUUUUAGAAAUUGGAAAAUGUUAAAUAAUUGCCUUAUGAAUUUAUUACUUUUAAGUUUCACACAUAUGUUUGAUCACAUGUCAAUGGUUAAGAAAACCAGUCAAAACAAUUCAAUUUUUCAAAGCAGUUUCAUUUUUGCUAGCUAUUUGGGAAUGUUUUUUGACACAAGAAAAAAAUAGGGAAUGCAGCCUAUAAUAACUGCUGGCAAUGGAAAGUAAAAUGUAAUGCCCUGAAUCUAGAUGGGUGAUACUUUUUGCAGAUUGUUAGAAUGAAUCCAUCAAACUGUUUACUUUCAUGAGUUAUUAUAUUCUUUAUGGGUGAUAUUCACAUAUUUGAAGAUAUCAAAUACAAUAUUUGGAUUAAUUUUUAAUUUUUGGAAUUAGAACAAAUUGCAUAAUGUAUUAUUAUUUUGUUUCAACAUCAACUUGGUUUUUGUGCAAUAUCAUUCAUUAGCUCUACUUUUUCAAAGAAAAAUUUUGAGCAAUUGCUACAGUCCGGUUGUCUUUCCUGUUGUAGUAAAAAUUAUCUUUAAUGUUUGCCAUUAUUAUAUUUAUUCAUGCAUGGGUUAUUUUCAUACUUGGACACAACAAUUUUUUGGACAAGACCUUCAAGUUGACCUUGACUCUUAAAUGACUUUCACCUUCAAGGUCAAAUGUUUGAAUUUUGCUUGAUAUUUGCUAUAUUUUGUUGUAACUUUGUUAUUUAUGGAGUGAUGGUCUUAAUACUUUUUGACACAGUUUGGGACAAGUUAAUAAAGAAGACAAAAUUGAUAAUUUGUGAAUUUGACUUUAAAGGUCAAAUUAAUGAAUUUUGCUUGAUUUCUGCUUUAAUUGAUUAUAACAUUGUGUAUUUAUGAAUGUAUUGGGUUCAUACUUGAGCACAACUACCUGAAGGACAAUGUUAUAAAAAAGAUCAAACUCAGUUUAGCCAUGACCUUUAAAUGAUCUUGAUUGUUUGUUAUGAUCUAUUAACAGAUUUGAUUUAUAUUAAGACAAAAGAACCCUAUUGACAAAACCCGAAUUUUGAAAAAUUAAAAUUGACCUAGUCUGUCAAUGUCAAAUUAUAAACAUUUGCUUAAACUGUCCUAACUUUGUUAUUUACAGACUUGAUUCAUACUUGGAUAAAAGAACAUUUGACAAAACUGACAUGAUUAUUUAUUCUGAUAUGACCGUGACCUUUAAUUGAUCUUAACUGACAAGGUCAAAUUAUUAAAAUUUGUUUAAAUUGUCAUAAUUUUGUUAUUAAAUGAAGAUUUUAUUCAUGAGGACAAAACAUACAUAUUAUUCUAAUAUGGUCAAGGUCAAGUUAUUGAAAUUUACUUAAAUUGUCAUAAUUUGUUAUUUACAUACAUAAUUGAUUUAUCCUUGGACAAAAAAAAAACAAAAAUGACAAAACUGACAUGAUGAAUUAUUUUGAAAUGACAUCGACCUUUUAUUGACCUUUUCCGUCAAAUGAAUUUUACUUGUCAUAACUUUGUUAUUUAUUUUUGACUUUUAUUCAUUCUUGGACAAAAGAGUGACAAAACUAGCAUGAUGAGGAACUCAAAUGUGAUCUUUUACGUUUGAAUGACCUUGACUGUCAAGAUCAAGUGUGAAAAAAUGUUUUGUAGCAGAACUCUGUAACAAAUAUUCUUCUGAUGUGUUUGACUUUAGAAAUAAGGAAAAGUCGAGCAUGUCAACCCCCACCCCCAGGUGGUGUCUCCUGUUUUAAAUAUAGUUAUUAUCCAGAUGUAUUUCAAUUAUGUAAGUUAUGAUCUCAAUAAAAUGUAAACAUUUA